AUGGGGACCAAACAUCUCCUUCCUAUUACUAAUAGAUACUUUAUUGAAGCCUCACGCCUGCGCAAGAACAACCAAUCCGUCUAUCAUUGUUGCUAAAUUUAUACGCCGGUGUCGUGUGCAAAAUGUAUUGCAUAUAUACAUUCGUAUAAAUAUAUAAAGGAGAAGCUGCCGUUUCAGUUCGUAGUUGGUAAUGUGAACAAGUAUAUUGGAUAGUGUAUUGUCACAAGUAUUGUUCUUUCGUGAACAUAAUGCUGCAAUUUAAUCCAUAUAAUGUGAUAUUUUUACUCGCUAUAACUUUCAAUGGUUUGGAUUAUCCGAACACUCCGAUAACAUCGCAGGAAAGACGAGUGAAUGAAAAAAUUGAACAUAUGCUAUUAGAAAUAAAAAAUGAAGAACAAUUUCAAUUAGAAGAGGAAGAAACUUUAGAUUUUUAUGAUGAGUAUGAGGUGCCAGAAGCGGAAAAAGUUGAUUUAUUAGAAGCGGAUGAAGAAAAAAUCUAUUUUCCAGAAGAAGUUAUUUGUGAUUCAGUUGAAAAAACAAUAUCAAAUGACUAUAAGAGGCAAGCUGUGGAAUACUGGAAAAGUGGUAAGACAAAACCAAGAUCGCUUGAAGGAGUUAAGCAAAAAUUUAGACAAGUUACAUCGAUACGACAAUUACGACGAUGGGAAAACUAUUUCAUCCAAGGUGGUAGUAGGCCAGAAAAAUUAAAAAAAAUUUCUCAAUACACAUUAGACCAUUUUAAUGAAGCACUUGAAAGAAAAAUCAUCAUUCAUGACAUUGACAUCGCUCGAUGGGCUUUUCAAGCACAAAAUGAAGAAAAUGUGGCAGGAUUUAAAGCUUCAGAGAAAUGGGUACAAAGAUUUAAAAAAGCACAUAAUAUUGUAUCUAGAAAAAUAACAAAAUUUGUUACAAAAAAGUCUCUAUUAUCAAAACCUGAUUUAGAAAAUAAAUGCGAGACAUUUAUUGCAAACGUAAAAUAUUAUAUUAAUCGAUUUGGCGUGGAAAAUAUUUAUAAUUCAGAUCAGAGUGGAUUUCAGUUAGAAUUUCAUUCUGGUCGUACUUUAGCUCAAAAAGGUAUUAAAAACGUAGAAUCUACAGUACAGUCUAUAUCAGCAACCACGCAUAGCUAUACAAUUCAACCGACUAUUUCGGCUGAUGGUAGAUUAUUAUCACCUCUUUUCAUAGUAUUAAAAGAAAUUACAGGAACAUUUGGUCCGAGAGUACAAGAAACAUUAUUCAACGCGCCUAAUAUCUUUGUUACGGCUUCAAAGUCAGGCAAAUUAACAUCAAAUCAUGUAAAAACUUGGCUAAAGGAAGUAUUUUUUCCGAAUGUCGGGCCACAAUCAGUAUUGUUGUUAGAUUCGUGGAGUGGACAUUGUCCUAACAUAGUUUCAGAAACUAAACCAGAUUCUGCAACAGAUAUUGUUUUCCUAACUAUUCCAGCCGGUACAACGGGAAAAAUACAACCAUUAGACGUAUACGGAUUUCGAUUGUGGAAGAAUUUCAUUAAAUACUUUUCUGAUACUAUUAUGUUGUUAAAUCUGGCUUUAGAUCUUCAUAAUAGAAAUAAUAUCUUGAAAUUACAAUCAUUAACACACCAUCAAUUCUCGUCGCCCAGGUUUCAAAAUAUAUUUAAAUAUGCGUGGACUAAAAGUGGGUACGUAGAGAAUGCAUACGAUGAAUACCUGCAAGUUAUACCGAUAGAAUUUGAAACACCAGUAGACUUUUGUUUUAAAAAGAAUUCUAAAGUAAAAUGCGAUCUUUGUGACGAAAUAGGUCACAUAGAUCUUUAUAACUUGUUCUUGGUGUAGAAAAUCGCUUUGUAUAACACAUUUUUUCCACGAACAUCAUCUUUGUAAUGAAUAUGUGCCAUAAAUAUAAGACAUUUAUAAACAUGUUUGGUAAGAUUUUAGCAGUUUUCCUUACCCAUGCAAUAAAUAUUGGUAUUCUUUUAUUUCUGUUUAAUAAAAAUUUUAUAUUGGUAAAAUUA